GUCUCGCUGCUCUGCCGGUCCCGGUUCCGAUCCGCACCCUGCUGCCAGCACCGGGACCCAGCACAAUGGCCUGCCAAGAGAGUGAGUACCUGGAUGACCAGAAGAAAUGUGUCCCCUGCAGAAAGUGCAUGCCUGGGCAGGAGCUUUCCAAGGACUGCGGUGAUGGCAGCGGAGGGGACGCUCAGUGUGUGGCCUGCCCUCCCAGGAAGUUCAAGGACCGCUGGGGACACCACGGCUGCAAGCCCUGCCUGUCCUGUGCCCUCAUCAAUCGCCACCAGAAAUCCAACUGCACCUCCACGGCCGAUGCAGUCUGCGGGGAGUGCCUGCCAGGGUUCUACAGGAAGGCUCGGAUCAGCGGGCAGCUGGAGUGGGAGUGCAUUCCCUGCACCAAGCAGACACCAUCCUCUGAGCCACAGUGUCGGUCCAGAACAAGCCUGGUGAAGGUUGCUGUCCCUACUGUACCACCACAGGACACAGCCCUUCUUGCACUGACCAGCAGUGCCCUGGUCAUCAUUGUCCUGGUGCUUCUGGCACUUUCCAUCAUCUACUGCAAGCGAUUCUGGAAAAGCCAGUGCCAGAGAGUCUUCCUGAGGACUCAGAAUUUCUCGGGCCAGCGAGCAACGUUCCCAACUGCAGCAGCACCCGGCAGGUUCCUGUGUGAGGAGCAGAUGUCUGGACCCUGCUGCCUGGGUGUGAAGAAUUUGAGCCCAUGCUACAGGCAGGCAGAAGGCCCUGUGGAAGCAGUGCAGUUCAUUUCGGAUGGGGAAGCCGUGGGUCUCCAGCUCCCCUCUCUCCAGCCAGAGAUGGAUUUACCACCAUCCAUUGCAGUCAGCACUGCCUCCAAGGCCCAGCUGGGCAGGAGCCUCCUGGAAAGCCAGCCCCUCAUCCGGGCCUCAGGCCACAGUGACUGCCUGGAGGGGGUCCUGCCACCCCUCACCCCCAGGCAGGGCCGGCCAGGCACGGUGGAGGCUCUGGCCCCCCUCUCGUCCUGUGCCUCUGAGAUGCAGCACAAGUGGCCUCAUGCACCCGUGGAGUGCACUGAGCUGGACCUCCAGAAGUUCUCCAGCCAGGCUGAGUUUGUGGGUGGUGAGCGGCUGGAGGAUGCAGCAAGCCGGGCCAUGAAGAGGAUUCCAGCAGAGAGCUCUGGGGUGGUGCAGGAGGGGGCUCAUCACUUGCCCACGGCCGAAAUCCCACCUGGGGAGCAGCCGGUGGAUGAUGCCCAGAGCCUGGUGACACAGAUCAGCAGCACGGCCAAAGGUCUCCCAAUAGCAGAGCUGCCUCAUUCCUUGGUGCAGUCACUCGCCUUCCUGUUGGACCCUUCCUUGAACGGCGUGAAGAACUUCAGCCACGUGGCCCUGGAGCUGGGGCUCAUGCCCCAGUUGCUGGGCCGCAUUUCGGGGUUUGAGCAGCUGGUGGCACACCUGACGCAGGUGGGAGGCGCGGUCACUGUCCCGCUGCUGGCGCAGGCGCUGCAGCGGCUCCAGCGCUUCGACGCCCUGCUGCUGCUCUGCGACCACUUCACAGCCAGCGCCGCGCCCGACCGCCAGCGCUAGGGGACGGGCAGGCACAGAGGGAGCUCCGUGCGCUGCUGCUCGUGUGAGACAGGACCCUGCAGUGGCCUGCAGUCACACAACCUCCCUGGUGUGCGUGGCAGGAGGACAUGGAUGGUCUCUGCAUCGUGGAAUGGAAGGACACAACGGGGCGUCUCUGCACAGGGGUUCCAGGAAGCACAGCUGUGCCUUUUCCCUGCUC